AAAUUAAGGCCCAAAAUGAAGCCCGCUGGCCAUUUCCCAGUCCUCAUGUACAAAUACAAUCGGUCUCCUCUUCGCAGUUACUCGUCAACUACUCGAGAAGGAGAAGAAGAAGAAGAAGAAGAAGAAGCUGCAUCAAUGGGCUCUCUCUUAAUUCUCAGACUGACCCUAGUCUUAACAGUCAUAUCCCUUUUCUUAUUUAUCGUUACAUCUUCUCAAGAGAUCCGUAUCAACAGUGCCGAGCGUAGAAUUGAUUUGACUACGCACAUCGUGAAGGUCUUUUUGACUCUGAAGGUUGAGAAUACUGGGACAGCUGCUGCUUCAGAAAUCCUUCUUGCUUUCCCACCUACUCAAGUUAAUCACCUAGCAUUUGUUGAAGCAUUAGCAACUACAGGAAAACGGAAGAAGAAAACUUACAUGCCUCUUGUUGUUAAACCCACAGAGCUACCCGAUGCACCGAAGGAAACUAAAUAUUUCAGCAUUUCAUUGGUUAAUCCAUUGAAUUCAGGUGACACUACAACACUGGAAGUGCUUUAUGUAUUUACUCACUCUCUAGAGCCUUUCCCAAUGGAGAUAAGCCAAUCAGAAUCUCAGUUGGUAUAUUACCGUGAUGGUGCACUAAUAUUGUCACCCUAUAAUAUUAGGCAACAGACAACUUUUAUUAAGACGCCAAGUACUAAGGUGGAAUCGUUUACUAGGGUGGAUCCUACUAACCGAGCUGGUACUGAAAUGAAGUAUGGGCCCUAUGAGGAUCAGCCUCCAUAUUCAUAUUCCCCAAUUCUUAUUCAUUUUGAAAAUAACAACCCAUUUGCUGUUGUUGAGGAGCUUGUACGAGAAGUGGAAAUAUCUCACUGGGGCAGCAUUCAGAUUACAGAGCAUUACAAGUUGAUCCAUGCUGGCGCUCGACAUAAAGGCAUUUUUUCAAGGAUUGAAUAUCAAUCUAGGCCAUCUGUUAGUGGUGUAUCCUCCUUCAGACACCUCUUGGCAAGACUACCCCCUAGAGUUCACUCUGUCUACUACCGAGAUGGAAUAGGAAACAUUUCAUCGUCACAUUUGCGCACUGAUUCUCAAAAGUCAGAUCUAGAGAUAGAACCCCGUUAUCCUUUGUUUGGUGGUUGGAAAUCCACUUUUGUCAUUGGCUAUGGGGUUCCAUUGCAAGACUUCCUUUUUGAGUCACCUGAUGGCAGGCGAUACCUGAACUUUACUUUUGGGUGCCCUCUUGCUGAGACAGUGGUUGACAAGUUGACCAUCAAAGUUGUGCUGCCAGAGGGCUCAAAAGAUCCUUCUGUUGUUGUUCCCUUUCCAGUGGAGCAGCAUCUGGAGACCAAGUAUUCUUACCUUGAUGUAAUAGGGAGGACUGUGGUGGUUCUGGAAAAGGAAAAUGUUGUUCCUGUGCACAAUGCUCUUUUCCAGGUGUAUUACACAUUCAAUCCGAUAUUCAUGCUUGCAGAGCCAUUAAUGCUGGCAUCAGUUUUCUUCCUGUUUUUCGUGGCCUGUGUAGCUUACCUACACAUUGAUCUUUCUAUUCGCAAGUGAUUUUACGUAACGGUAUAUCCCAGGGGUAUUCUUAUGCAACUUUGUAGUUGCACGUUACACAUGAUAUCUUUUACUCAGUAGCUUGGAGUAGCUGAUUUCUUCGAUAUUGUUAACCCAUAGGGAGUGAGCUUAUCAGGAACUAGAAUACUAAAAAGGAUUUUGAGACUGUUACUCAUGUAAUAGAAAUUCUGUGGUAUCCACUGUCUCCUUAGCAAGAUUCAAGUUUGGCACUUGAGGCCAUCUGGGCUUUGGGGAUUAUACUUCUGCCGCAAGAUAUAAGAAAUAUGUAAGGUCGAUCUUACAUUGAAAUAACAUAUUAUAGAUUCUUCUGUGGCAUAGAACUUAAUAAGAGGAUCAUUGAAAUGUUGAGACCUUGAAUCUUAAAA